AUGAGGGCACAGUGGAUCUGUAGCUUUUUCUUUGCCUUCUUUCUCAUCUUCUCAUCCAACACAGAUUUUCAUAGUUGCUCACAAAAAACUAAUCCACCCGUUCUUCCUAAUCCGUACUUCCGCAUUCCUUCCCCCCUCAUGCCUGUUAGUGGCCCUGUUAUAUAUGUACGUUAUCCACCCAAUACUCUUCAACCGUUACCUAAAGCAAAUCUUUCAACCACAUGGACCAACGAUGAGUCUUCUAUCCCUUCCAUUAACUUCACAGAUGGCUCAAGGAUCAGAGUCAUCCUUGAUAAAGAAAAAUUCGCUUGUGGCUUCUUCUGUAACGGAAACUGCACAUCUUACCUCUUCGCCAUUGUCAUCAAGAUAUCUUACUCUCCUGGUUAUAUUUUUGGCACAAAAGGCAAUCCAACAGUCAUUUGGUCACCCAACCGAGACAAUUCAGUCAAGGAAGGUGCAAUACUGAAUCUCACUGCAGCUGGAGAAUUGGCGUUACAUGAUGUGGAUGGAAGCAUAGUUUGGACUACAAACACUGUAGGGAAAUCUACUGCUGGCAUGAACCUAACUGAUGAAGGAAAUCUGAUGUUGUUUGAUGGCGAUAACUCCAUGGUUUGGCAAUCUUUUGAUCACCCAACAGACUGUUUGGUAGCUGGACAAAAACUAUUGCAAGGACAGAAGCUGAUACCUAGUGUUUCCUCAACCAAUUGGAUGGCUCAAAAAGAUUCUUACUAUCUUCAACUCACUGAUAACGGUCUGUUUGCUUAUGUCGAAUCAAACCCACCUCAAAUCUAUUACAAACGCUUGAUAAAUGUCACAAAUACAAAUAAAGAAAGGAUUUAUGCUGAGCUCUUAAACGGGAGUUUGUGUUUCUUCAAUUCUUCUACUAAGCUUGAUAGUAUUGAUAUACCCCAAGAAAUCCCACUUGAAUAUACAAAACUAAUGCCAGAUGGGCACUUGAAAGCCUUUGGAGGGGAGAUGGUGGCUGAUUUGCUAACUGAAUAUGAUUUUGGAGAUUGUUCUUAUCCGUUGGCUUGUGGGAGAAAUGGCAUUUGCUGGGGUGAUGUACAAUGUAGUUGUCCGAAGUCAUCAAGCUCUCCGGUGACAGAAUAUUUUAGAGCAGUGGAUAACAGCCAACCAAACAAGGGUUGCUCUCAAGUUACUCCUCUCACAUGUAAUGCUACACAAGAUCAACAUUUCAUUGAACUCAAGAACAUCAAGUACUUCACCUAUACAGCUAACAUGGAGCAUGUGGAUAUGGAGACUUGUAAACAAGCGUGUCUGAACAACUGCUCAUGCAAAGCAGCUAUAUUCGAGUACUUCGGUUCGAAUUCUUCAAGUGGGUAUUGUGAUUUACCUUCUGAGCUUUUUACUAUGACCAACUUUGAUGUAGAUGCAAACAAUCAAGUCCAUGCUUCCGCUUUUAUAAAAGUCCAGAAUGGAAGAUAUAAAUCACCAAAGAGAAAAAAUCAUGUUACGACGAUUCUAGGUUCCAUAGUUGGAAGUUUGGUGCUUCUUGUCGUUGUGGUUGUAGUUAUUACUAAGUUCAUAGGCCAAAAGGAAGAGGUGGAUGGUGAAAUGGAAGAAGAGUAUCUGGAUAAAGUUCCAGGAAUGCCUACUCGGUUUUCCUAUGAAGAACUAAAAACAGCCACAGAAAAUUUCAGCAAAAAGCUUGGUGAAGGAGGAUUUGGAUCCGUUUUCGAAGGUUCUCUCGAAGUUGACUCAAAGAUUGCAGUAAAAUGUCUUCAUGGUCUUGGUCUCAUGCAGGUAGACUGGAAUGAGGUUAGGAAAUCAUUCAUGGCAGAGGUUGAGUCCAUUGGCAGCAUUCACCAUGUGAAUCUAGUUCAACUUAGAGGAUUUUGUGCUUGGAAAUCAGAGCGGUUUCUCGUCUAUGAAUUCAUGAGUAAUGGAUCACUAGAUGGAUGGAUCUACAAUGGAGACAGAAAGAACGUACUCAAGUGGGAAUGCAGAAAGAAGAUUAUUCUUGAUAUUGCUAAAGGUUUAGCAUAUCUUCAUGAAGAAUGUCGGCAAAAAAUCAUUCACCUCGAUAUUAAACCUCAAAACAUACUCCUAGACAGCGAUUUCAAUGCAAAAGUAUCCGAUUUUGGGUUGUCUAAGCUCAUGGAUAGAAAUCAAAGCUGCCAAGUGAUGAGCACAGUGAGAGGAACUUUUGGCUAUAUGGCUCCAGAAUGCUUCGACUCAAUUAUCACCGAAAAGGCAGAUGUAUAUAGCUUUGGGAUCGUUCUUUUGGAGAUCUUAUGUGGGAGGAAAAAUCUCGAUAUAUCUCAGCCAAAAGAAAGUCAACACUUGCUGGGUAUCUUUCAAAGGUGUUGGGAACAAGGGACUUUGUUACAUAUAGUUGACAGAUUGAUUAUACGAAAAGGCCCUCAAUGUCAUCGGUGGUUAAGAGGGAGUGAGGGUAGUCAUUCACAAAAUCAGAAAGAGGAUGAGGAGGAAUCAAAGUCUUCAAUCAGAGUUCAUGAUUCAUAUGAUGACAAUACGAGUGAGCAAACUCCAAAUGUUACCACCGUCCCUGUUACUAUUUCUAGGAGCGAUGAUGAAUUUGAAUGUGAAGAGCAACCCUUAGUUCGUCGUAUGAGGGGUAUGGAUCUAAUUACUUCUGCAACGCUUAUGGUUGGUUUGUCUUGUGGCAAGGGUAGUAGUGAUAGAAUUAUGAAGAGGUCACGUUCCUUACAUCUUGGUGAUUUUCGAUGCUUUUCUGAUAGCCUUGGUGUGGGCCAGCCUUCCAUUUUCAUCGCUCAACUAAAAGAGAAAAUCCCCCCUCGUGAUGCUAAUGUCCCUCAUCCCUCUAGUCCUAUCUUUGUUCCAUCUUGGGAAUACAUAAAGGAUCAAUGCUUAAUGGAGCGCAAGGUAUCUAUGUCAUUAAUUUAA